UCAGUCACAUGACACGAAUCUCCGGCGCUUGGUCGUCACAUGACACGGUUGUGCUGUCAGUGAAGAUGGCGGCCCACUUAUCGUACGGGAGAGUCAAUCUCAAUAUCUUGAGAGAGGCUGCAAGGAAAGAGCUUCGCGAGUUCUUGGAUAAAUGUGCCGGAAGCAAGGCAAUAGUCUGGGAUGAGUAUCUCACUGGACCGUUUGGAUUAAUUGCUCAGUAUUCACUUCUAAAGGAACAUGAAGUGGAAAAGAUGUUCACACUGAAGGCAGGUCGCCUUCCUGCAGCUGAUGUUAAAAACAUCAUCUUCUUUGUGAGGCCCAGACUGGAAUUAAUGGACAUCAUUGCUGAGAAUGUGAUCGGUGAGGACAGACAGCGCUCCCAGCGAGAUUUCCACAUCCUGUUCGUGCCGCGGCGCAGCCUCCUGUGUGAGCAGCGGCUGGAGGAGCAGGGCGUGCUGGGCUCCUUCAUCAACAUCGAGGAGUACAUCCUGGACCUCAUCCCCUACGAUGGAGAUCUGCUGUCCAUGGAGUCUGAGAGCGCGUUCCGGGAGUGUUAUCUGGAGAAUGACCAGACUAGCCUUUACCAUACAGCUAAGGGACUGAUGACACUGCAGGCACUGUAUGGAACCAUCCCACAGAUAUUCGGCAAAGGAGAGUGUGCAAGGCAUGUAGCCAAUAUGAUGCUGAGAAUGAAGAGGGAGUUUGCUGGAAGUCAGAACCAGAUCCUGCCCGUGUUUGACUCGCUGCUCCUCCUCGACCGCAAUGUGGACUUGCUGACCCCCUUGGCCACGCAGCUCACUUACGAAGGGCUCAUUGAUGAAGUGUACAGCAUUACUAACGGCUAUGUGAAGCUGCCUCCAGAGAAGUUCACUCAGAAGAAACAGGGCGAGGGUGGGAAGGACCUCCCAACCGAACCCAAGAAGCUGCAGCUGAACUCCGCAGAGGAGCUGUACGCUGAGAUCAGAGACAAGAACUUCAAUGCCGUCGGAUCGGUGCUGAGCAAGAAGGCAAAAAUCAUCUCGGCAGCAUUCGAGGAGCGGCACAAUGCUAAAACAGUGGGAGAGAUUAAACAGUUUGUGUCACAGCUGCCACACAUGCAAGCAGCAAGGAGCUCCCUAGCGAACCACACGUCCAUUGCAGAGCUCAUCAAAGACAUUACAACCUCCGAGUCGUUCUUCGAUAACCUAACCGUGGAACAGGAGUUUAUGACGGGGGUGGACACAGACAAGGUAAACAGCUACAUCGAGGACUGCAUCGCCCAACAGGAUCCCUUGAUUAAGAUCCUGCGCCUGGUAUGCAUGCAGUCUGUCUGUAACAAUGGACUGAAGCAGAAAGUGCUGGACUAUUACAAGAGAGAGAUACUGCAGACCUACGGUUAUGAGCACCUAUUAACCCUGAGUAAUUUAGAGAAGGCUGGGCUGCUGAAGCCACAGACCAGCACCAGAAACAACUACCCAACCAUCAGGAAGACACUGAAGCUCUGGAUGGAGGACAUCAAUGAGCAGAACCCAAAUGACAUUUCUUACGUGUACAGCGGUUACGCUCCCCUGAGUGUCCGCUUAGCCCAGCUGCUGGUGCGGCCUGGCUGGCGCAGCAUUGAGGAGGUGCUCAAGAUGUUACCAGGACCCCACUUUGAGGAGAGGCAGCAGCUCCCCUCCGGACUCCAUAAGAAACGCCAGCAAGGAGAGAACAGAACCACCCUCGUCUUCUUCCUCGGAGGAGUGACUUACGCGGAAAUCGCUGCACUGCGCUUCCUCUCGCAGAUGGAGGACGGGGGAACGGAGUACGUCAUCGCCACCACAAAACUGAUCAACGGCACAUGCUGGAUCAAGUCUUUAAUGGACAAACUGGAAGCACCCCCCUUCUAAAAUGAACCGGAGCGUUUGGAACGAACGGCGGGGGCUGGUUUGUUAAAGAGCCACCAUUGGACAUGAGCUCUCCUAUGCUUUUCAACCUUGAACCAUACACUAAUGUUACAGAGACAGAUACACACUUACAAAGUUAUUCAGAAGACUCACAGACGUGUGAUCUCAAGCAGUGUACAGGCUGUGUUAAUGCAUGUGGUUUCACUGUGGAGACUGGCUUUUAAUUGCUUCAUUGGAAAUAACAAAAAGCUUACUUAGUUUUGAAUAACCCUGUAUAAUGUAUGUUUGUGUGUGCGAAGCACUAAAAAUACAUCCACUGUCAUUAUCAACCGUAGUAACAGGUUUGUUUUAAGAGAUCCCUGUUGUACACAAUUAUAAACUACAAGGGCUAGAGUGCGACUGACGGGCUAGCGCGGACACACACGCACACUAACUAGUUAAGGAGUCUGGAUAAGACUUGGGAGGGUCUCAAUGUUCCUGGAAGAGUUCUCUUCUUUAUCUCUCGUGAUAUUUCCAUUACAUCAUGCCUGUCUGCAUCAGAACUCCCCAGACACUGCACAGCUGCUCAAACGACUAACUGAUACACACUCAUUAAUCUGUACCUACCCUGUUACGGCAAAAGCAGGCUUUUCAGAUUGAUGACAUGUUCAUGCUGUUUAUCAGUUCCACGCAGAUCCCUGUGUCAAGAAUAAUUUGAAGGUUAAGAGAUUGGGUUUGACAGUCAAGCCUAGCUGGAAAAUGGAGAGCACACUGCCCUGCUUAGAUAAUAAUGAAACACUGAAUCAGAUAUUCUGCUCGGAAUAUGUGGGCUUACAUGCGUCUUGUAAAUUACUACUGUGCUUUGGUUUGUAUGUUAGCUAUCCUGCAGCAAAUCUGUUAUGUUUAUACAUUCAGCCAGCCUGUGAUCAAGCUGAAUAAAGUACAUUAUUGAAAGAAAGCAUUGUUCUGCAAUGACAAGUGUGUGUGUGUAUAUAUAUAUAUAUAUAUAUAUGCCUUCCAAAAAUCACUUUACAGACCAUUUUAUUACAGCUAAUUUAGUUGUAAUUUGUGUCUAGACCUUUAUUAGAAAAGACAAAACCAUAUUUAAAAACGAGUAAUAGAAACAAAACCUGCUCAAAUAUAGUCUUCAGUGAACAGCAAUCCCUGAGCUGCGCUGUUCUCUUGAGAAGCAAUUAGUGCUAACAGGCUUCCUGAUCAGCGGGAUAAUGGUGCGCUCCUGUCUGGAGGUUCUGCUGUGGCCGAGGCAAUGAUUUGAUAGCAGAGCACCCUGAUUAAAUUAGCAGGCCAUUUGCUCCUGUUUGCAGUGAAGGAUGUCUCAGUGGGCAGUGGAGUUUGAUCAGAGAUAGAUCGAUCAACAAUGCGUGCUCUACGUUAUGUCCUGCUAGUUUGAGGAUAGAAUGACAUCCAUGAUCAAAA